AGACAAGGGACUUACAGUAUCGUCACUCUCGUGUUGCAAAUUGCUUUCCAAUCAUUCUUUAAGCAGCUCAGACCUUUUAGUGUUCCGAUUAAAAGUAAAACUUCCAGGAAAACAAUCACAAACGGCUACGUAUUCUCAAGGACGACAAUCAUGAAUACUCCAAGCCCAGAAUUUAGACGAACUCAUCUCAGUCGACUUACAACACCCAAAAGUGUAGCAUGCAGGAAGAUUAUGAAUUCACCUGCUUUCUUGGUUAACAGACCGACCGAUAUCAGUGAAUUGUCUAUGUCUCCUCUUCAGCUAUUAGAUUCACCAGUUCAAGCAGCCAUGAUGACACCUAUCACAUCUUCUGGAGAGUCACCUUGCAGACAGUCACCUCGUUGUAUGAAACAGACAUCUACUCCAUCGCAAGGAAUUAUGCAAGAUACACCAAGCAAUAGUAACAAAGCUUUUAUUAUUGCAAGCAAUGCUUAUGCAGGUAUUAAAGCCAAGAGACGUUUAAUUGAAGAUGAGGUUGAUGCAAGCCCAAAUACCAAAAGUGGGAAAUCAGAAAAAGAGCCUUCAGUUCCAGCCAAUGCUGCAAAAAGACAGAAAACAUCACCAAAAACAUCGUUUAUUACAAUGUCGAAGUCAGCAAGAACCAAGAAAAAAAAUGCUGGACAGAUUAACUCAGGAGUUUCCCAUAGAAUCCGUUGGCCAGAGAAGAGAGUUAAACCAAGCUUGUCCAUUUCCUUUAGUGAUUUGAAAAAACCCAAAGCUGAAGGCAUCACCAGAAACCCUCUUGAUCCUUUGAACAGAACUUUACCAUCUAGUGAAGAAUUGUGUAUUGCAUCUAAUGUCCAGAACACUCCAAUCGCUGAAAGAAUUGAGGAGUUAAAGCUGUCUGUACCAGUAAAACCCCUCUUGGCUCAACAAGUUUCAUCGCCUAAAUCUGUUGGCCCAACUUCACGUUUGGCUAAAGAGAAGAAACAAAUCGUCAUAUCUCCUAAAGUUAUCACUCGAAACUGGAAUCAGCGUUAUCGUAAAGAGACACGAGAAAGAAAAUUUUUUAAAUCACGGGGUACUGAAGAAGAGACUUCUUGUCGUGUAGUAACCGUUUCCGUCAACGACAACUUAAAAUUGCAAAUUCAUGAUAAACCAGUUACUCCGAUUCGCAAAUCACCGCGGAAAUCACCUUGCAAGUCUCAGUUUAUUAAGAUAACCACUGAAGUUACUGCAGUAGAAGAUAAAAUUAACACGCUGAACCAAGAUUGGGAUGAUGACACUGCAGAAUCAAUGGAUAUUUCCUCUAAUAUCCAGGAUAUAUUGAAUGGAUUGUCUGAAGAUGAAUCAAAUGAGAAAGAUAUGGAGACACCAGAACCACAGGUGGACGAAAAAGAAAAUGCUGUAUCAAACAAACUCUUCCCACUAUUUUGCAAGAAUACAGCCAAUUCUUCGCAGCCAGCAACUGAAAAUCGUUUCGUCAAAAAAGUGAACCCCAAGUCACAGUGGAUGCGUGCACUAAACGACGGCGAGAAUCAGAUGAUACUAGAUGCCGGUCAGAAGAAAUAUGGCGCUGUUCAAUGUUCGGAAUGUCUUAUGGUGUAUCACGUAAAAGAUCCCGAGGACGAGUUGAUUCACGCCAAAAUGCACGAUAUAGUCAAUGACACACUCAAAUUCUCUGGCUGGAAAAAGGAAAGAGUAGUUCGUCGUUUUAAUUCGGAGGGUUACGUAAUAGCUGUCCAUCACGGUGACGCAGCUCAUUCUUGGAAGAAGAUUGAGAGCGUUCUUUCUAAAGUCGUGGAUAAUGAACUUGGCUUUUCUGAGAUUGGAAUUCGCAACCCUGAAGCUACCAAAGUAUACUUAUACAUUGCCGAGAAAAAAAUUGUUGGUGUUCUCGUCGCCCAUAGUUUAUCUCAGGGAUAUCGUAUGAUACCGAGUAGUACAACUUCAUCCGGGAAAUGCUGCUCAUCGGAUCCUGUUCCAUCGCUUUGUGGUGUCAGUCGCAUUUGGACACUUCCAACUUUUCGUCGUCGUAAAACAGCUUCUCGACUACUGGACGCCAUGAGGACAGAAUUCAUUUACGGUAAAAUUAUAUCCAUUGAUGAGCUUGCCUUUUCAGACCCUACUGAAAAUGGAUUGGCGUUUGCUAAAAAUUAUACCAAGCGGCAAGACUUUCUUGUUUAUAACAUGUAAUACUCGACUGGCGCUUUGGUUUUACUAUAAUUUCCAAAUUUUUUCAGCGAUUUUCACACAGUCCAAAUUUUUGUGUAAUUUUCUAGCGUCUGUUUUUACUUCCGCGUUUACAUUCGUACUGUCAUCGCAUAUCCCGGCUUUUACUCUGUGUCUGAAUUCCAAGCAAUGUGACUAGUAGUAUUUUUAAAAGGUGUGAUUCGUACGAACAAAAUAAAAUAAUUUUAAUUAA